UCGUUGGGUAAGCGAUCGCACAGCUGGACGCCUAUAGUUGGGAGCUCUCUCCUAUCGACCUUCGGGGUAAUAAUAUUUAUUUGCAAUUAACCAGUUCAAACGAAAGUACGUUCCGAUUACUGCCGGCGCACAUAACCCGUAUCUGAUAAUAAAUCACUAGAUUCGUGGGUAUUUUUUUUUUAUCGGAUUCGCGCUUACGCCAAUCGCUUGCAAACACCGAUAAACAUUCGCCUAAAAAAAGCCAGAAACACCACAAUAUUAAAAGUGUGAAUUUUUCAAGUUUACAUAUCGCGCUCGGUCGAAAAGUGUCUACGUGCGUUUCCUGGGGUUCGUUAUCUGCACACUUCAACGGAUUUCUGCCGAUUGGGCACCGGCAGCGCGAACCGGCUGAUUAGUCUGCAUCCUCGAUACCGUGCCGUAAGGAGGUUAACUUUCGCGUCCCAAAGCUUUCCAGCAGCAGCCGGGUCUGAUACUAGAACCGAAAGAAGGAAGAAAGCAAUUACCAAUCGAUAAACGUCUACCAAACCGGACGGAUCUCAUCAACAACAAGUUCAUCAUGUCAUUACGUAUGGUGUCAUCGCCUUAUUUCCGUCGCUUUCUACAGGCGAACGUGGCCAAAACUGCACCCACGCGUGGUAUGGCCCGUAGCCCUUACUCGGAUCCACGUGGAUUCACUUUCACAGACAUGAAGAAAAAUCCAGCCGUUCUCCCACUGGUCGUCAUCAUUGGGGUGGCCGUGACAGGUGUCUGCGGAUUUAGCACCUAUUCGUUUCUCACCCGUCCGGACGUCAGCCUCAACAGAAAAAAUUAUACAUGGGACACCAUGGACGUUAUGAACCCGAAAUACAUGAAGGUAUUAGCGUUCAACCAAGAAGUGAAGCCAAUGCCGGAGCUGAAUGAAGCUUUGUCCUAUCGUGAGGAAUACAACCAACAGAAACCCUCGGAGUAAACACAGCUUAAAUCUUCAACGCCUAAUGCACUAGCAGCUAGAUGGGCCAAUAAAGAUGCCCCUUAGUGAAA